AUGGCUGAAAAAGCAGACUCAACAUCACCACAGCUCAUGGUUCCCGUUCUUCUCUUGGUUGGAUGGAUUGUAGGCUGUAUCAUAGUGGUUUACAUUGUCUUUUCCUAG